CGUCUGUCAUCAUUCAGUCAGUAUGGAGCUCAGUCAACUUCCUCUCGUGCUCUUGCUGAUUUCACACAUUCACUCUGGACACACUGAAGAAACACUAAAAGCCAAAGUGAGCAUUAAACCUGCUCAACAUGUAUUCAGAGGAGAUACAGUCACUCUCAGAUGUGACAUUGAUGGUGAAGGAGUCACUAGCUGGAAGUACAACUGGUAUAAAGAUGAUUCAAAAAGUGUUUUCAGUGAACUACAGGAACACACAUUCAGUUCUGUUACUGAGUCUGACGCAGGUAAAUACUCCUGUUAUGGAGCAGAGAGAGGAGGAUCACGAACAUCAAACAUCAGUGAUGAAGUUACACUGACAGUAUCAGAAACACCAAAAGCCAAAGUGAGCAUUAAACCUGAUCAACAUGUAUUCAAAGGAGAGACCGUUACUCUCAGAUGUGACAUUGAUGGUGAAGGAGUCACUAGCUGGCGGUAUGUCUGGUAUAAAUACAGUGCAUUCUACAGCUCCAGUGACCUACAGGAACACACAUUCACGUUUGUUACUGAGUCUGACGCAGGUAAAUACUCCUGUUAUGGAGCAGAGAGAGGAGGAUCACGAACAUCAAACAUCAGUGAUGGAGUUAAACUGACAGUAUCAGAAAGAGUCCAGGCAGUUUUAAGUGUUUCUCCACAGAAGUGGUUGACUGAAGAAGAUCCAGUGACUCUGAUCUGUGAGGUUUAUGGCUCCUCUACAGACUGGACAUUCAGCUGGUUCUCUGUAACUGCUUCAUCAGACAAUGAAUAUAAUUAUCAGCUGCUCUCAGACAGCAGCAGAGGAGCUGGAGGAAACUACACUGUCAGUUCUGCUGCUCUAAAACACACAGGAGUUUAUGUGUGCAGAGCAGAGAGAGGAGAACCAGCAUAUAACACAACCUACAGCAACACACAGCCAGUAUGGGUCACUGGUUGUUCUCCUCGAGUCUCUCUGAUCAUCAGUCCCAGCAGAACUCAACACUUCACAUUUGUCUCUUUCUCUCUGAGCUGUGAGGACCAGAGUAACUCUGAUAGAUGGAGAGUGAGAAGAUACACAGAUAGUGGACAGCUGGAGGAUUGUUCAUCAUUACACCAGGCAUCACAAACAGGAUCUACAUGUACAAUCAGCUCCACCAUCACAUCAGACACUGGAGUGUACUGGUGUCAGUCUCAAUCUGGAGAAAACUCUCAUCCUGUUAAUAUCACUGUACACUCUGGUGUGAUUCUGGAGAGUCCUGUUCAUCCUGUGACUGAAGGAGAUACUCUGACUCUACGCUGUUUAUAUCAACAUUCAACUCCACCAAACCUCAGAGCUGAUUUCUAUAAAGAUGGAUCACUCAUCCAGAAUCAAACUACAGAGAUGAUCAUCUCUACUGUCUCAAAGUCACAUGAGGGUUUCUACUACUGCAAACACUCAGAGAGAGGAGAGUCACCCAAGAGCUGGAUCUCAGUCAGAGCAGCCUCAAGAGCUGAUGAUUUCAAUCCUGUGAUAAUUGGAGUCUCUGCAGGACUGACCGUCACAUUUUUGAUCAUCGUCUUCUUGGUACUUCUGUGGUGCUACAGAAACAACAAAGGUGUAAGAUCUCAGUCUCCCCCUCAUGUCAGUCAACAGAAGAACAGCAGUCAGACAUCAGAGCAGAACCAGAGUGACGUGCUUUACAACACACUGCGGCCUGACAGUGUAAGUCGACCAAUAGAACAAAUCUAUACUGGGAUUGAGCUCAAAUCUACAAGUCUUUUAGUGAAAACCAGUGAACGUUCUGACACUGUUUACUCUAAACUGACCCUGUGA